AAAGUACAACCAGAAGACCAGAAUUAUUGUAUCAAACUAAUUUAUAUUAUACGAUGGGUUUGAUCGGGUUAGUACGUGCUCUAAAAUCUAAGGAUGGAAAUCUGUUGUGGUUUACGAUAAAAACUACUGUUGUGGGGGGUAUCGUAUAUUACACCUAUUACGAAGGUUUGUGGUCGAAAUCAGAAAAAACUGCUAAAUUAUACGGAAGAAUAUACAAUAAUGUUGCGCCUUAUGUUAAAGACAAUAUACCUAAGGAAGUAGCACACGAGUACAAUCGACUGCCAAGCGUCACAACUAUUUCAUCAUGUUCGAAGAAAUGUUGGAACAAAGGUGUUAUGACAUCCAUGAAAUUUAUGUCUAAUUUACCCACUCAUGUUGUUAAUGGGGCAACCAGUCUUUCAGAAACUAUACAGAAAUAUACAUAAGAACAGAAGCAAUAGGUUGAAUACUAAAUUGUUUAUAAUGUCAUUAGUACAUCUACAUAUUUUGGAUGUAAAUUAUAUAGUUGAAUGUUGCGAAUGAACAGAUUAUUAUUUAUUUUAUGUCAACAUUUAUUUUGUACAUAGCAACUUUUACAAUAUUAUGAUCUACUUGGUUAUACGUAUUUAACAGCCUCGU